CGUAUCCGGUCAAGCCCGGAAGGCCAUCCAACAAACAAUAGCGGCCAACCUCCAGGUCGGAUUCCGCAUGGCACGUGCUUUUGCCUCAGCCGCUGCCCCCAGGUGGAACCUCGCCUUCAUCCCGCCCCCUCAGACUCAUCGUCACACGGUGCCCCCGUCCAAGAACGCCAAGCACAAUCAAGCCUCAAGCUUAACCGUGUGUCUCAUCGCUAAUCCCAUCAUCGAUCCAUCUCGAAACCCCAGGAGGGCUGUUCCUCGUCGACAGCGUGAAUUAAUCCGAGCAUACCUACCAUGAGAUUUCCGGCCGCGCCUGCACCCGCUGCUGGAACCCAAUAACCGUGAUGGAGGCGCUGGAGCCGCUGGAAAGGGCCCAGCUGCUGCCGGCCAGCAGAGGCGGUCGUGCUGCUGGUCUGACGGAGACGGUACCGUACCGCGAGGACUGCGAACCGUACACGAUCCCCUCUGGAGGCGUGCUGGUACUCUCGCCCGAAGCCACCAUAACCCUCACCGCCGACGCUUUGUUCACUCCUAAGUGCACGCCCGGGGUCGAGCAGAGCCAUGUCUAUGUGGGCCGAGACGUGGAAGGAGAAGUCCCGAUUGUCGACACUCGAGAUCCGUUUCAUGCGUCAAUCACACCCCAGGCGUACGCGACCGGCGCGGCGACAGUCAUUGCGUGGAUGCUCGUUAUCAUGCUUAUCAUCACGCCGCGGACGUUCUUUGUUGGCGGCGCGUCCGGCCGCUCAGGACUCAUGGGAAGACGGGGGAUGAUCAGCGGAGCAACAGGAGGCGGGUCUGUGAUUGGAGUCGGGACAAGACCGUGGUUGCAGAAGGUUGCUGCUCUCACUGUAGCCGUCUCGCUAACGCUCGCUACGGCGGACACGUUCAAGAUUGCGCAAGAGCAGUAUGAGGAGGGCGUUAUGGAUGCGGUGAAGCUGCGGAAUAUGGUGGUUUCGAGCACGGAGAUCAAGGUUUCGCGCGUCAUUUCGGAUGUUUUUCUCUGGCUUGCCCAGGUGCAGACCUUGAUUCGCCUGUUCCCGAGACAUAAAGAGAAGGUCAUCAUCAAGUGGGUGGGGUUCGCCCUGGUUCUGCUGGACAUCACGUUCAGCUGCCUGAACAGCUUCGGACCCUGGAACCAGACUGGACGACCCAGGAAAUUCGAAACCGCCAUCCCCGCCCUGAGCUACCUGUUCCAGUUGUCCCUAAGCAUGCUCUACGCUGCGUGGGUCAUGUACUACGCUAUCACGAAAAGACAGUAUGCCUUCUAUCAUUCCAUGAUGUGGAACAUUGCGAUAGUGGCGCUUCUUUCCAUAGUCGCCAUCCUGACGCCUGUGGUAUUCUUCAUCACGGAUAUUGCUGAUUAUACGAUUGCUGGGUGGGGAGAUUAUUUUCGGUGGGUGGGCGCGGCGGCAGCGAGCGUUAUCGUGUGGGAAUGGGUGGAACGGAUAGAGGCAUUAGAAAGAGAAGAAAGAAAAGACGGGAUACUAGGACGAGAGAUUUACGACGGAGAUGAUAUGCUGGAGACGACACCAUGUCACGAAAUCUGGCCCCACUCGCACCACGGCAAUACCGCUGACGACAAAAAGAAGCGUGGAGAUGGAAGACGUGGCGGAGGAUUCAGUGGCUUUGCAACUGGUGCUGGUCACGGUUUUGGCAACAUGGCUCGCCGACUAGGACGAGCCAAACGAUUGCGGAUAAGCCCGGAAAUGCCCCACACGGAACGAAGAAAACGAGUAAUCCAUAUCCCUGUUCCAGCGCCUGCACGUCGGAAGGCGGACGCAGAACAGUUGUCCCCCAGGGCUUCUCGCAACGAGUCUUCUGCUAGAAAUGGGCCUCAGGUGCCGGUGAUACAUUCGCCGGUUAGUAGGACGGAAACGACGAGUGCGGAUAGUACAGUGUAUGAGAUCCGUUAUCACCCUGUUAGCGACUCUCCUGCGGCUGGAGGCAAUCCGACUACUACAGAAAUAACGUACGGGAAGAUGGCCAACGAGGUGGCCUGCGAUGAUCCGGAAAAGGGGCUUGAGACUAUCGCUGAUACAACUACUCCACAGAACAGAAGCAGAUGGGUUUGGCCAGUCUCGAAUCCGUUCCGCCGCCAAGGUCGAACGCCUCCACAGGAAGUCCAGAGAGGGCGAGUCAUCGAACCGCUUGCGAUCGAUGAUGUCUCGGUCCAUGUGCCUCCUCGGCAUUACACUGGCCUGGCUCUAAAGGCUCGCCUGGGAACGUUCGCGGCGCAGCAAGGAGAGAAAAUCCGGUCGCUCAGAGGCGCUGGACAACAAACGGAUUCGGAUCUACCAGUUACGAUUAUACCGGCCCAGCCUCGUGGACGGACGUGGUCGCCCCAACAGGAUAAUAAUAUCAUAACUGGGGAGGCGGGAUCCGACCUCCAGCUACAAGGAUCUGGAACUACAGAUGUCACGGAAGGCGCAAAUCUAGCUACGGCGACCACUACAUCUCCAACAUUGUCUUCAAGGGGAGGGACAGCCGGAGCUCUACAGGCGGGUCCUGCGGCUAUGGGACACCGCACUCCGCAAGUCAGAUUUGCGCCUGAAGUUCAUGAGAGAUAUGCCGCUGAUCAGCCAGCCGGACUGGAUACCAGUAGGACAUCGCCUACGCAGCCGGGACCUUCGUCGACACUGGGGGUGGAGAUCUUUGAGGAGCCCCAGCGAAAUGAGAGUAGUCCAGACAACAGUCCAGCAGCCACUGGUGUGGAUGGGAGGCCGACCAACCAUGACAGAUAGCUCAGCAGGGUUAUCACUUGAUUGUUUAUUGGUUCUAUUCUUUUGUUUUCGGAUCUUCCAC